CUAUUCUUUUCUGUUGUUUGUACAUAAAACCCUUUUGAGCAAAGAGAGAUUUACAAGAGAAUACGUGAUUUUUGGUGUUCAAAAUUGAAAUCCCCUUCAUACCCAUUAUUUCAUUUGCGUUGGAUUCGUUUUUUUUGUGCCAAUCAAGUCUUUUCAAGGCUUGUUUUGGCUACAUUUUAUGGCUACCGGUGGCUGGUGUGGCUUAGGUCCUCUGCUGUUUCGUAAGAAGGCCUAUGGCCUCGAGAGCCAUUCUUCUCUUUCCCUUUUAAUCUGCCCUUUCGGGAACUGGGUUUGCUUAAAUAAGACAAUGAGGAGCUCGUCCUACGCAUUGUCGAAGAAAUAUUCGAAGAAAUCAAAGCUUUCUAAAGUCGUUAGAAGGAAGAAAUCGUCGAGAUGCAAAGACAAUUUUGUUCAAGUGAUGGAGUUGAGGAAGAAAAUCUUGGUUCUAAGAGAUAUCAUUGACUUGCCUUCUUUAGAAGCCUCUGCUUCUAUAAAUGAGCUCGUGGUGGGAACGAUGGAAGAUCUUCAAAAGCUCUAUCCGGAAAUCAUUUCGGAUAUCCAAUAUUCCGAAAUGAAGGAGACAUGUAUCGAACAGAGUCUGUCGUACUUCUGCACGACAUUGAAAUCGAUUGGAGAUUCGUGGAUGAUGAAUCAUGAAUGGAAGGACAAGUCGAAAUAUAAUUUGAAAUCAUGUCAGGAAAACUCUAGCUUCAAUGAAAUUGUUGAAUCUGUGUUGGCUAUCAUUGAUUGCGUCGUUAGUAUGGCGAACGAAAGGUUUGAUGUGAUGGACGAUUACGUUAAUGCAAAGGAAUCCUCUUAUUCACGGACGAGUUCGUUUGGUAAGAGCACGAGCUCGAACGAAUCCUGCUCUGAAAGCAAUAGCUCUUGCUGUUCUUCUCCCGAAACGCCCACAUCCGUUCUUACAAACAUUCGAAACAGUCUAAGAAAAUCUUAUGAAAAGGAGAAAAUAUCUUGUAGUUCUCCCCUUUUGUGGUCUCUUAGAGUACAAGCAGUGGAAAAAUUGAACCCCAUUGAUAUUAAGCAUCUUUUGCUCCCCAAGUUAUGUCAUUAUGGAGUAAACGUCUGCCCCGCCCCGAAUAGAGUGGCGAUCGUUGAGGAAUCAAUGACUGCUGUGGAUGAUAAGCUCAUCUCCUCUAAAAAGGCUGAUGCCAAAGAAGAGAAGGAUUUGAGCAGGGUAGCAAGCCAAAAGGCUGAUAGAAAUGAAGAAAUGGAAGCGAGUGUUGCUAAAGAAGAGAACGAUUCGAGCAGGGUGGCCAGCCAACCGGCUGAUAGCAAUGAAGAUACGGAAGUCCGUGUUGCCGAAGAAGAGAACGUUUUGAGUAGGGUGGCUAGCCGACAGGCUGAUAGCAAUGAAGAUAUGGAAGUCCGUGUUGCCGACGAUUCGAGCAGGGUGGCUAGCCAACAGACUGAUAGCAAUGAAGAUAUCCAAGUCAGUGUUGCCGAAGAAGUGAACGAUUCGAGCAGGGUGGCUAGCCAACAGACUGAUAGAAAUGAAGAUAUCCAAGUCUGUGUCGCCGAAGAAGAGAACGAUUCGAGCAGAGUGGCUAGCCAACAGGCUGAUAGAAAUGAAGAUAUCCAAGUCCGUGUUGCCGAAGAAGAGAGCGAUUCGAGCAGUGUGGCUAGCCAAAAGACUCAUAGAAAUGAAGAUAUGGAAGUCAGUGAUGCCAUAGAAGAGAAGGAUUUGAGCAGGGUGGCUAGCCAAAAGGCUGAUAGAUAUGAAGAAAUGGAAGUGAGUGAUAUCAAAGAAGAGAAGUUGAUAUUGAGCAGGGCAGCUAGCCAAAAGGAACUUACUGAGAGAGCCAAUGAUAUAGAUUCCCAAGCUGCUGCAGCUGUUGAAGAGAUGCCUGCACCAGAAUUACCAUCACCACCUCUACCCCUGGUGUUGCCUACUCCGGUACAUGCUCCGGAACCCUCUGCAGUCGUCCUCCAACUACCGACACUGUCAGCAUUACCGCCGCCACCACCACCGCCACCAAUGAUGCAGCAAAAUGCAGUACUGUCUCAACAACUUCCACAGCUAGCUCCUCCACCACCAUUGCCUCAGAUCAAGGUAGUCCCAAAUGCAGCAGCUCCUAUGAUACCUCCUCCGCCUCCUCCACCGUCGAAGGGAGUAGGAACACUGAUAACUUUGGAUGUGCCACCCCCACCCCCACCAUCACCAUCAAAUGCUGGAGGAGCUAUACCACCACCUCCACCGAUGGCGCCCUUACAUGGGGGUGCAGCUGCGACUGUGCCACCCCCACCUCCACCAUCACCAUCAAAUGCUAGAGGAGCUGUACCACCACCUCCACCGAUGGCGUCCUUACAAGGCGGUGCAGCUCUAGCACCCCCACCUCCACCAAUGGCGCCCUCAAAAGGGGGGGGAGCUCUAGCACCCCCACCUCCACCGAUGGCGCCCUCAAAAGGGGGUGCAGCUCUUGCACCCCCACCUCCAAUGCCCCAAGGCGGUGGCAUGGGUGCACCACCUCCCCCUCCCGGUGGUGCAGCUCGAUCCCUGCGCUCCAAGAAAGCCGCUACUAGACUGAAGAGGUCUCAUCAGUUGGGAAAUCUGUACCGGACACUCAAAGGGAAGGUGGAGGGAUCCAAUCAAAAUCUUAGGGGAUCUGGUGGGAAAAAAGGCAGUGGUGGUAGCAGUGCCGGAGGAAAACAAGGAAUGGCUGAUGCAUUGGCGGAGAUGACAAAAAGAUCAGCAUACUUCCAACAAAUUGAAGAAGAUGUUAAAAACCACGCAAAAGCAAUCAACCAGCUUAAACCGAAAAUUUCAACUUUCCAGUCAUCGGACAUGAACGAGCUGAUCGAUUUCCACCGGAGCGUGGAGUCUGUCCUGGAGAAUUUAACUGAUGAAUCACAGGUACUAGCAAGGUUUGAAGGAUUUCCCUGUAAGAAGUUGGAAAAUUUAAGGACUGCAGCAGCGUUAUACUUAAAGUUAGAUGCAAUUGUCAAUCAGUUACAGAAUUGGAAGAUCGUUUCGCCUGCGGGACAGCUUCUCGAUCGAAUCGAAAACUACUUCUCUAAGAUUAAAGGAGAUCUCGAUGCACUUGAACGAACCAAGGACGACGAAGCAAAGAGAUUCAAGAGUCACGGUAUUCAAUUCGACUUCAACGUGUUGAUACGGAUCAAGGAAUCAAUGGUGGACCUCUCUUCCAGCUGCAUGGAGUUGGCUUUGAAGGAAGCAAGAGAGUUGAAGGCAGCAGCACAGGAGAAGGCAAAAAAUGGAGCCAAACCCGAUAAUAAGAACACUGCAAGUUCUAAGAUGCUAUGGAAAGCGUUUCAAUUCGCAUACCGAGUUUACACCUUCGCCGGUGGACACGACGAGCGAGCUGAUAGGCUAACCCGAGAAUUGGCUCUAGAAAUAGAGAGUGAAUCUCAGAACCAAUGAUUUUCUUCUCCUUUCUUAUUUUUGGCUUCAAAUCACUGAACCAUACGAGAUUAGCAGUUGGUCUUACACCAUAUCUAGCAUGGCCUUUACGUUGCUUAACUUUUUUCCUCUGUCCGGAUAGGACCCUGUAAAAAUUAUGUAAUUAAUGUCAGUUAUGCUAUCCGUACCGUGUAUAUACGUAUAUAUGUACGUAUUUACAAAUACAACUGCUCUGAACUCGAAAUACGUACUGAAAACCAAUCAUGAGUUCGAAUGUAUACGUAAAGUUCUUAAC